GCCAGCUGGCAUAUAAACAAUUCGUGCACGCAAAAGUUUGUGUCGACUCACGACAAAGUUUAUAUACUUGUUGUCAUUGAUGGUGUUUUACUUAGAUCUUAAGACGCAAGACAGUAUGGUUGUGGCUCGAGGUGUUACCCGUGUUGAAAAGUCCCGACAGAUGAGGGAAGGCGGUGGAUUUCUCGUUCGAAGACCUGUCGGAGAUCGCAUCGAUCAUUGUGAUCCGUUCCUUAUGUUGGAUCAUUUAGGACCGGUGGUUUAUGGACCAGGAGAGGCUGUAGGAGCGCCUGAUCAUCCUCAUCGUGGAUUUGAGACCGUUACUUAUCUCAUUGACGGAGAGAUGAAACACCAGGACAGUGCUGGAAAUAAUGGUGUUUUAAAAGAAGGCUGGGUUCAGUGGAUGACAGCAGGAUCUGGUGUUGUCCACAGUGAAAUGCCAUCUGAUGAAUUUCUAAAGAGAGGUGGGAGAUCAGAAGGCUUUCAACUCUGGGUAAACUUGCCUGCAAAAGAGAAGAUGAUCAAACCAAGGUACCAGGACACUGAUGCUAAGAAAAUUCCAGUGGUUAGCAGUCCAGAUGGGAAAACCAAGGUGAAAGUUAUAGCAGGAGAAAGCUUGGGAGCCAAAGCUGUUAUAGACACACGAACACCAAUCAUGUUCCUGGACAUUCAUAUACAGGCUGGUGGAUCAUUUGUUCAGGAUGUUCCUGAGCAAUUUGAUGGAUUUGCUUAUGUUUGGAGAGGAGCUGGUUCAUUCACUGAUGAAAGAGUCUCUGUGGAGAUGGGAAUGGUGGGUGUGCUUGGAAAAGGAAACACUUUUCAGAUAAAUGCAAGUCCCAAUGAAGACAUUCAUGUGCUCUUGAUUGCAGGGGUACCAAUAAAUGAACCAAUUUCCAGGCAUGGACCAUUUGUUAUGAACAAAUGGGAGGAGAUAGAGCAAGCUUUUAGGGAUUAUCAAUCUGGCAAACUUGGUUCCAUCGAGGGAUCUGAAGAACGUUAUGCCAAGACACAGAAUGCAGUCAGUAAACAGAAACAGACAGGAACAUGGAAGAAAAAAUAAAUUUACAUCAAUAGUUCACUUUGACUGAAAAUGAAGAGUGCAAUUUUUCUGAAGUAGUAUGUCAAAGAUGCCAUCAUAUUUUUUCACCUUGAAAAAUUAAGUUUUAACUCUUCCCCUACUCUGUUUGUUCAAUUUUACCCUUGAAGACAUUUGGUAAAACUCCUUUGAGGAUAUAUAUAUAUAUUGUCCCUCAAGGCUUUUGGAUUUAGUUCCAUCUCUCUCAUGAAGACAUUCACAUUGUGUUAUAAGUUAAGUUCUCUAAAUGUUUAUUGCUGCAAAAAGUCAAUUUGAGGGUAUCAAAGUUGUAAUAUUUUUCUUGAUCUUCUGUUGGUUGUUAUAAAGUUAUUAAGGAAUAUUUAUAUUUCAUCAGUUUUUUACUGGGUACAAAAAUCGCAUUUUAAAACACUGUAAUCCCUCCACCUAACUUGCCACUCUUUUGAGCAAUAUAAUUUAUCUAACCCCAUUUCCAUAUCAACAGGCCCUCUAGUCUUCUGUUUGGAAACAAAAAAUUAAUCCCAAUUGGAAUAAGUUGAGAGAUUUGAUCAGCUACAAUCAGUCAGUGAUAUCACUUUGACAAUACAAUUAUAAGAAGUUGUUUUUACAGGUAUGAGAUCAAGUAUGAUUUAAUUUGGCUUAGGGUUCUGUUGAAGAAAUUUUUCCUUAACAUUUUUGUAUGUUUAUCACGGCUAUGGUAUUGGCUUAGUAUUCUUGUAUGCAAAUAAAAAGUGUAAAAACUCUGA